AUGAAGUUCAUCAACGUAUUUUUUCUCGCUGCUUCCGUGUCAGCUGUUGCUAUUGACCGCAUGCAUGUCGGUUCUGCGAGGUCCACCAACCUAGAAGAGGCAUCAUCCUUAUUAGCCAGACACCACGCAGGCCGGCCAGCAAACAGCCAGGGUAACAGAAAUGGAAAUGGGAAAGCUAGUAAGGCAAAACAAGGAGGCAACUCUAACGCAGGCGCCGCUACUGGCAAUACAAAUAACGGUGUUACUACCGGUGUUGCUGCCGGCAAUACUCUUGUCCUGAAAGAAGUCAACGGCGUACCGGGCAACGAAUGUCUUACAUUCCGCAAUAAUGGUGAGAUUGUCGAUGCCGCCUGUGUCAAUACCGCAGCCGACCGACAAAUUACACCGACGACGCUAAAUGGCAACUCCGUCCUAAGCGUACAGCGUAGCUUCACAGCUGGGUUCCGCCCGGACCUUGUCGGCGUUAAUGCCUGCGUCGGUUUUAACGGCACACACUUCCGAGCUGAGGACUGCGCCGCCUCAAACAUCGAGCUUGUGCAAUUUGACGGCACGGCACUGCGGGCUCCUAGUGGCGCUUGUGCUCAGGGCCAUGACGAUGCCGCUCAGAUGGUUGUCGAUACCACAGGUGCUAGCUGCGCGACUUUCCAGAGCACAACUGUUACGCCUACUCCCCCGUAA